AUGUCUCUAGUGGGCCAGAGGCGCUUCUCAGCGCGGUCGUUCGGCGGCGUCGGCAGUGGGAGUCGUCAGAGCUACUCCAGCAGUGGCGUGAUGAUCGGUAGUGGGGCCGGCGGCGGCGGCGGUGGCGGCGGUGGCGGCGGUGGGUAUAAUUACGCCUCGGGGGGCUCAGUACGGAGAAGUAUUGGGAGUGUUGUCUCCAGCGGGGUGAACGGGUAUAGUCUGGGAGGAGGCGGUGGCGGUGGCGGUGGAGGAGGCUUCGGGAUGGUCAGUAGUGGGGGUAGCGGAGGAGGAGGUGGAGGAGGAGGAGGGUACGGGAUGGUCGGCAGUGGAGGAGGAGGGUACGGAAUGGCCGGCAGUGGAGGAGGAGGGUACGGAAUGGUCGGUAGUGGAGGAGGGUUUGGGAUGGUCGGUGGUGGUAGUGGAGGAGGAGGAGGAGGAGGGUACGGAAUGGUUGGCAGUGGAGGAGGAGGAGGAGGAGGGUACGGGAUGGUCGGUGGCGGAGGAGGAGGAGGGUACGGGAUGGUCAGUGGCGGAGGAGGAGGAGGGUACGGAAUGGGCGGUGGUGGUGGCAUGGGUAGCGGCGCUGGUGGCUCCCUUAUCGGCGGCGGCGGAGGUGGCGGCUUUGGUCGAGAGGGGUCUGUCGUCGCGGCGGCCGGAAAGGGGAAGAAAAACAUGCAGAUGCUCAACGACCGGCUGGCGACGUAUCUGGACCGAGUGCGGUCACUGGAGAAGACCAACCAGGAACUGGAGGAGAAGGUGCGCGCCUUCUCCAACACCAAACAGUUUGUGACGCACGACAUGCAGGCCUACGACAGCCAGCUGAUUCCUCUGCGAGAGAAGUUGAUGGUGCUAUUUCUGGAGAAUUCGCGAGUUGUCCUUUCCAUCGACAACGCUAAGCUGGCCAUAGACGACUUCAAAACCAAGUUCGAGAAUGAAGUGUCCGUGCGCCAGACCAUCGAGGCGGAUGUCGCCAGCUUGAAGGGGUUGAAACGCGAGUACGACGCUGCCAACUCCGGCCUCGUUUACGAGCAGCAGGCCCUGGAGAAGGAGAGGAUCUCCAUACAGAAAGCACACCAAGAGGAGGUGACGGCGAUGCGUGGGCAUGUGUCGGGCACGGUGAAGGUGGACGUGAAGGCAGCGGACGGCCCCGACAUGGGACGCGUCCUGGCCAACCUGCGCCUGGAGUACGAGGCCAUCAUGCAGAAGAACCGCCUGGAGGUGGAGGGCUGGUACACCAAACAGGUGGAGCUGAAACAGUCCCAGUCUGCAGUGUCUACCGAGACAGUGGUGACCUCUGGGUCAGAGAUCAGGGAGAUCCAGAGCCAAAGCAUGGACCUACAGACCCAGCUGGACAGCAUGCUGAGGAUGAAAGCUAAUCUGGAGCAGCAGCUGGUGGAGAUCCAGGCGCGCUCCCAGUCGCGGAUGGUCUCGCUCAGCCGCACGGCCGCCUCGCUGGAGGGGGAGCUGGCGGGCGUGCGCGCCAACACCAUGCAGCAGGGCCGCGACUACCAGGUGCUGCUGGACAUCAAGGUGCAGCUGGAGCAGGAGAUCGCCACCUACAGGGCGCUCCUGGAAGGCACCGCCGACCUCAGCAGCUUGGCGGCCAUCAAGAGCUCCCUCUCCUCCAAGUCGUCGUCGAUGUCGAUGUCAUCGUCGUCGGGCGCGGCGGGGAUGCGAGGCGGGAUGUCGGCCGCCGGGUACGGAGGAUCCUCGUCCUCGUCCUCGUCCACGAAGGUCACGCGGACAGUGGUGUCGUCCUCGUCUGGCGGUGCUGGCGGCGCCGUUGUCGAUGGCGUCGGGGGCUCGGCGGCCCUCGCGGGCGGGAAGUCGGUCACAACGAUCACGAUGAAUGGCGGAGCAGCAGGCCUGGGGUCGGGAGGGGCCCAGGUGUCCAUGGGCCCGGCAGGGGGUGGCGGAGGAGGGUCGGUCAGCGUCACCAGGACGGUGACCACGUCAGGAGGAAGUGGAGGAGGAGGAGGAGGAGGAGUGUCGGGGAGCGGAACAGUGAUCCAGCGGUCCACCAUCUCUGAGGUCUCCUCGUCCUCUGUUGGCGGCGGCGGCGGCGGAGGUUCCGGCGGUUCUGUCGCGAUGUCUGGAGGCUCUGGAGGCGUAGCUGGCAUGAUGAUGUCAUCAGGAGGCGUUGUGUCUGGAGGAGAGACCGUGGUCAUCAAGUCCAGCCAAACGAAGAUCUCUUCUGGCUCGAGCGGCGGCGCAGCGCUAUCAUCAGGUGGCUCUAUGGUGUCAGGGGGUGGAGCCAUGAUGUCAGGGGGUGGAGCCAUGAUGUCAGGCGGUGGCAUAUCAGGAGGGUCCAUGUCAUCAGAAAGCGUCAGCAUAUCAUCAGGUGGCUCUAUGGUGUCAGGGGGUGGAGCAAUGAUGUCAGGGGGUGGAGCCAUGAUGUCAGGCGGUGGCAUAUCAGGAGGGUCCAUGUCAUCAGAAAGCGUCAGCAUCUCAUCAGGUGGCUCUAUGGUGUCAGGGGGUGGAGCCAUGAUGUCAGGAGGUGGGGCAGGGAUGAUGUCAGGCGGUGGCAUAUCAGGAGGGUCCAUGUCAUCAGAAAGCGUCAGCAUAUCAUCAGGUGGCUCUAUGGUGUCAGGGGGUGGAGCCAUGAUGUCAGGGGGCGGAGCCAUGAUGUCAGGGGGUGGCAUAUCAGGAGGGUCCAUGUCAUCAGAAAGCGUCAGCAUCUCAUCAGGUGGCUCUAUGGUGUCAGGGGGUGGAGCCAUGAUGUCAGGAGGUGGGGCAGGGAUGAUGUCAGGCGGUGGCAUAUCAGGAGGGUCCAUGUCAUCAGAAAGCGUCAGCAUAUCAUCAGGUGGCUCUAUGGUGUCAGGGGGUGGAGCCAUGAUGUCAGGGGGUGGAGCCAUGAUGUCAGGGGGUGGAGCAAUUAUGUCAGGGGGUGGAGCCAUGAUGUCAGGCGGUGGCAUGUCUGGAGGAUCGAUGUCAUCAGAAAGCAUGAGCAUGUCAUCAGGUGGCUCUAUGGUGUCAGGGGGUGGAGCCAUGAUGUCAGGGGGUGGAGCCAUGAUGUCAGGCGGUGGCAUAUCAGGAGGGUCCAUGUCAUCAGAAAGCAUCAGCAUAUCAUCAGGUGGCUCUAUGGUGUCAGGGGGUGGAGCCAUGAUGUCAGGGGGUGGAGCCAUGAUGUCAGGCGGUGGCAUAUCAGGAGGGUCCAUGUCAUCAGAAAGCGUCAGCAUAUCAUCAGGUGGCUCUAUGGUGUCAGGGGGUGGAGCCAUGAUGUCAGGGGGUGGAGCCAUGAUGUCAGGCGGUGGCAUAUCAGGAGGGUCCAUGUCAUCAGAAAGCGUCAGCAUCUCAUCAGGUGGCUCUAUGGUGUCAGGGGGUGGAGCCAUGAUGUCAGGAGGUGGGGCCAUGAUGUCAGGCGGUGGCAUAUCAGGAGGGUCGAUGUCAUCAGAAAGCAUGAGCAUGUCAUCAGGUGGCUCUAUGGUGUCAGGGGGUGGGGCCAUGAUGUCAGGGGGUGGGGCCAUGAUGUCAGGGGGUGGGGCAGGGAUGAUGUCAGGAGGUGGUAUAUCAGGAGGGUCGAUGUCAUCAGAAAGCAUGAGCAUGUCAUCAGGUGGCUCUAUGGUGUCAGGGGGUGGAGCCAUGAUGUCAGGGGGUGGGGCAGGGAUGAUGUCAGGAGGGUCCAUGUCAUCAGAAAGCAUGAGCAUGUCAUCAAGUGGCUCUAUGGGAUGA